AUGUGGCUAUUUCUGCUCGGCACGAAUUGGGCUGCGGUUGGCCUGUUUCGUGGAGUCCGCAUGGCUAAAAGUAUUCCACUCGACUCCUUGACCUACGCUGCAGAUUUAAACAGCUUGAAAGGCCCCAUUGGGGCGGCAUUUACCGUCACAUAUUGGGGAACAUUCCAUGGCUCGAUGCAGUAUAUUCUUACAAUGAUGUUAUUCGACACCCUAGAGACCCGACGUCAUCGCUUACGGACACUCUUGCUCGGAAUGAUAUUGCCCUUCAUGGCGCUCAUGCACUCAGCUGCUCCUAUCAAAACAAUGGGAAUACCUGCGCUAUACUGGUAUGGCAUAAACAGCGGUGCUUAUGACCUCAAUUUGAUUGUUGCUGCUGGGACUCCAUAUUGUAUCAUGCCAUUCUCUGUAUGGCUGCUCGACCAAUUGGACAUAUCCUUGUUACCUAGGGUGCUCACUAGACCACCGAAACAAGCAUUGACUAGACUGCUGAAGCAAGCAUUCAACAAAGCGACAGCAUCGAUAAUGGUGGUAAAGGUGGUGCGCCUUUUGAUCUGUGUGUCAUUAUUUGUGGUAGUAAUCUCGAUCAUCAUGAUCGAUGUCACAGAAGAUUCAAGAUGGUGGAUGGGGCUAUUACCAAUGGCUCCAUUUUAUCUAUAUUUCCUCAUGCUCGCAGCUCCAUUGUUUUGGCUUUGUACGGCGGGAUAUGCGAGUGGUUGGUAUGUUUUCGUGGCUUAUGUAACUCGCAGUGUUAAGGCAUCACAUUCAUGCUUCUUCAUGCCAUGUGCCCCCCAGUCAAUUAACGAAGAGGAUCAGUUGUUUGCUUUAUUUGCUGGUCUCUUGCUUUUUGUUGGGUGGGAGGUUAUUCCGGUUCUUGUGAAGGAAUUCAGAAAACGCUAUCGAGACCGGGAAGAGUUCGUUCAACAUAUGGAAGAGCGAAUGAGGCACCUUCAAAUGAGGCAGGCAUUGCAGCGGAGGUUCGGUUGGGAAUCCAAUACUUGGAGGACCUGGGGGCGAGCGGAUUGA